UCUGUCAUUUCUUUGUCUCUCCCAUUCAGCUUGAAGAAACCAUCCUUCCCUCUCUCUAACCUAGCUCCUAGUCGUGAUAUACAUCUCAGAUAUAUAUAUAUAUAAAAGAUAUAAUCAUAGUCCUGUAUAGACAUAUACCGCCGUACGAUUUAAGUUCUCAUUUUUAUUUUUGAGUUUAAACGGAUCUGAUUCAAUGGGCGAUUCAUACUGUUCCGACUGCAAGAAGAACACAGAGGUGGUUUUCGAUCAUUCCGCCGGAGACACGGUCUGCUCCGAGUGCGGGCUCGUGCUUGAAUCUCGUUCCAUAGACGAGACUUCUGAGUGGCGUACUUUUGCAGACGAUUCAGGUGAUCACGACCCUAACCGUGUUGGAGGGCCGGUCAACCCUUUGCUCGGUGAUGUCGGCCUCUCCACGGUGAUUUCAAAGGGGCCGAAUACUAAUGCGGACGCGGCAUCUGUGGCUCGUUUGCAGAAUCGGGGCGGCGACCCCGACCGAGCUCUGGUUAUGGCCUUCAAAACCAUAGCUAACAUGGCGGAUAGGUUGAGCCUCGUUCCUACCAUAAAGGAUCGUGCUAGUGAGAUUUAUAAAAGAUUGGAAGACCAAAAGUGUACGAGGGGGAGAAAUCUGGAUGCUUUGGUGGCUGCUUGCAUUUAUAUCGCAUGCAGACAAGAAAGCAAACCUCGAACUGUAAAAGAGAUAUGCUCUAUUGCGAAUGGAGCAACAAAGAAGGAAAUUGGUCGAGCUAAGGAAUUCAUCGUGAAACAGUUGAAGGUUGAAAUGGGGGAGUCCAUGGAAAUGGGUACCAUACAUGCAGGGGACUAUCUGAGGCGUUUUUGCUCUAACCUUGGAAUGAGCCAUGUAGAAAUUAAAGCUGUUCAAGAAACUGUCCAGAAAGCGGAGGCUUUUGAUAUUAGGAGGAGUCCAAUAUCAAUUGCAGCUGCAAUUAUAUACAUGAUAACACAGCUUUCUGACAUAAAGAAACCCUUAAGAGAUAUUUCGCUUGCAACAACAGUUGCAGAAGGGACAAUCAAGAAUGCAUACAAGGAUCUCUAUCCACAUGCUACGAAAAUCUUACCAGAAUGGUAUACCAAAGAUAAAGACACCAAGAACCUUUGCAGUCCUAAGGGAUGAUUAAAAAGAACGGAGCCCUGAACUGCAUUGCACGUCUCGUCCCGAUGGCUCUCAUGGAUUAUUUGAUACAUUUCCGUUCUUUCAGCUGGGGGAUUGAUAUAUCGGAGUAUUCGAAGUGGUGUGGGGAGAUUCAGUUAUGGCAUCAAAUAAUUGUUGCUGUCUUGUUUUCUGCCUUCCCCUUUACACUGAGAUAGUAAUCCAAUUUUGUACUUUCCUUAUUAUACAAAUGAUUGACUGAUCCUUCAUGGGAGGAUGAGUGUCUUUUACUCUUUUUAAGUUAUAUUUUACGUGUGAGCGUGUGGAAGUCUUGUUUUUCAAGGCUUAUGAGACUUUGUAUUUGAAGUUUACUAAUCGUUUUGUCUCCGCAAGGAACAAAAGAGUUUAAUUUAUACGGAGUAGUAUUCUGAUCUCUUUGGUAACCAAAA